AUGAACAACAGCCGCUCAGAGCUUUUCAAUGCAUUCUCUCAAAUACACGCAACUGCCUCCCAGCAGCCGCGAACGGCGUACAAUUCUGCAAAUGGCGUCGCCUUUCCUUCGACCCAGCGGCUUUAUUGUGUCCAGUUCAAGGGAGGCCGUCUAGAUGUGUUUUACGUUCCCGAGGGAUCCGGGCUCGGAAUCAAGGCCGGCGAUCUGGUCAUUGUUGAUGCUGACAGAGGCAAAGAUCUUGGGAAGGUCACGCACGAGGACGUCUCGAUCGAGACUGCUCGCGAGCUCAAGACUCUGCAGCAUAACGAGCAGCAGGCUGCUCUCCAGCAAAACUCAUUUGAUGAUUCUGGAAAUGCCAAGCCCCUUGCAGAGUCUGGGAUGACUGCCAUCCUUCAACCGAAGCAGAUCAUCCGGUUUGCGCAGCCGAUCGAGAUCCAGCAGUUGUUUGUGAAAAAGGCUGACGAGGAAAAGGCGCGAAAGGUUUGCAUGGCAAAGGUUGAGGAGCGUGGGAUGCCCAUGCAAAUCCGCGAUGCCGAGUACCAAUGGGACCGUCGGAAACUUACAUUCUUCUACACUGCGUCUCAUCGCAUCGAUUUCCGCGACCUCGUGCGCGACUUAUUCCGAAUCUACAAGACGAGAAUUUGGAUGUGCGCUGUCAGCACAUAG